CCCGCAUGGUGCAGACGCCGCGUCACUUUCCAACGCAUCAUGGAAGAUCGCGAUUACGAUUUUUAAAUAUCGAAUGUGGUGUUUUUAAUUCUUAUUUAUUUUUAAUUCCACAGUAUUACUUUUUAAAAAGUGAACGUUAUAGUUACUGGCAGUUUGUAAUUUUGGCCGUAUAAUUUGAGGUAUCAGUGUAAAAUAGUGUAAGUGUGGAAUGCUAAAAUUUUAAAUUACCUCAAAUUAAUUAAUUAAAAAUUAUUUUAAAACAUUUCAUGAAAGUGUAGAUUAGGAGUAAUUUGUAAGUGCUAGACCUUAAUGUGUUUUUAAUUUGCUGUAUGAAGAAGAAAUAUAGUGGAGAUGAUUUGGGAAGUUUUAAAGAAUGGUGUGUCGACGCGAAGUAAUCUCAAUAGAACAUCUCAGAUAGCUAGUGCAUCUAACUAAUAAAUGUGCAAAGAAAAAUGACUAUAAACUUAAGUGAGUCCAAAAAAAUUAUAAUACCAAUGUGACACUUACACCGCAUAGUGCCAAAACAAUGUUUUGCUGUAAAGAACUAAAACUACUGUACGCUACCGUUGUUCUUUUACUUGAAGCUGAGUUACUAGUGAAUACAGGUGCUAUGGAAUCAAAAAGGUCUUCCAUAUUAGUUGCACAGAACGCAGAUGAUUUGAAAUCAUUGGAACUGUGUACGUCCCGAAACCAACAGCGGUUAGGGAGUGUCUUUGGAAACUUUACCAGACAUCACAAGAAAGGUCACAGAAGAAGAACAACAACUACCACAACUCAAACUACAAUAACUUACACAACAAACGAUAAUGAUGAAGAAACGACUGAGCCAUACAAAUUAACAACAGAUAAUGUAUUGAACACUGAAUCAUAUCCGAAAUUACCAAAACCUUUAAGAUUGUCAUCGUCAGUAUUAGAUAAAGAUUACAGUGAAGAUGUACAUAAUAUAGAUAAUAUAAUACAAGAAGAAGUUAAUCAACUAAUAGAUAGAGAAAGGCAUCAUAUGAAAUAUGAUAGAAUAUAUGAUAAUAAAGAAUCAUUCAAUGAACUGGAUGAGCAAGCAUUAUCUAAGUCUUUAAAUAAGGUUAAAAAAAUGUACAGAGAUUCAACAGCUUUUUCUGUUAACAAAGUAAAUGGGAAAGGUGGAAAAAAUGGAAUAUUUUUAACUGAAAAUUGUACUACAGUUAUAGCUCAAAUUGGAACGACAGCUAUAUUACACUGUGAAGUUAGCGAUAUUACUGAAAACACGGUAACGUGGAUCAGGAAGAAAGAUUAUUCCCUGCUCUCAGUGGGUCUCGUGACGUACAGUGCCGAUAGCAGAUUUUUCUCAGCUCACGGGAGACACGUCAAGGACUGGGCCUUGCAUAUACGAUUUGCAACAUCUGCUGAUGCUGGAUAUUACGAAUGUCAAGUCCCAACACAUCCACCCACUAGUAUUUUCUUCAAACUCGUACUUGUUGCGGCAUACGCAGAAAUAGUGGGGGAAUCAGAGAAGAUAAUACACGAAGGCUCUAUGUUGAGGCUAAUCUGUAUAGUGAAGAGAUCUACUGAGCCGCCCUCGUACGUGUUCUGGUACUUUGAAAACAGGAUGAUCAACUACGACUUGAAUGGCGUCAAUGUCCACAACGGACGGCAAACGAGCGAGCUGGUCAUCGGCAAAGCAGAACCAAAGCAUGCUGGUAACUACACAUGUGUACCGGCCAAUGCAAAAGCUGCUUCAGUUACAGUUCAUGUUGUACAAAGUGAGACACCAGCUGCUAUGCAACAUGGAAACAACUCAUCAGCAACUAAUCAACAAAUAUAUUCACUCGUACAUUUAUUAGCUGUAAUGGUUUCAUUAAGAAUUAUUCUAAUGCUAAACUACCUGGAGUUUGGAUAACGUUCCAUUUAAAGUUAACCGUUUACUGUGCAUAAAUAAUCACUCAGAUAAAAACAGAGGCAGUUUUAACUCGAGGCAGGUAGUUUACUAGGGUUGCCUGGUUUCUAGCUUUUUUUUUAUAGAACUUGGAUAUCGUCCUGUUUCAAUGUGUAAUAGGUAUUGAUUAUAAUAAUAUAUUUUUUUUAUUUUCUUGUAUAAUGUAAUUGAAGAUAAAUACUUUAAUAAAAAAUGUAAUUGCUAUUAAUUGAGUUCCAUUGAUUGAGUUAUUAUUGUGUACUUACUAUAACCAUCUACUAUUUAUUAUUUUAUUAUUAUUAUUAUCAUUCGUUAUUUCAAACGUUAACUGUCCACUAUUGACUAUAAGCCUUCCCCAUAACGGGAGUUUUCCUAGUAAUUGCUAUACUUGGCAAAUGGCUUGACAACCGCCGUUGCCUAUUACGAUAGCUACAGGAAAGAAAGGGGUGGUUCUAUGCUAGGAUCACAUGGCCAUUAUUAAGGGACACUUUGCUAGUAUUCUGAGACUUUUUUGUACUUUGCUAAUAUACUGAGAGUAUUUGAAAUUUUGAGUUGACAACCCUAUCUUGUUACGAUGAAUACUAAAGUGGGUAAUGUAUAUUUUUGUUCUAUCGAUUUUGUCUAUAAAAUAUUCUUGCCUAAUGUAAAAAUUACUUAUUGAUAUUACCAAGAACUAGUUUUAUUUUUAAAUGAUAGUUUGAAUGUUUUAGUUCAUUCUUAGAAGUAGCGUCACCUCUGUAUUUUAAAGUAUAUAUUUAUAGAACUUUCUAGUAAAUUACGUUGAGCUAUUCUAAGAUUUAAUUAUUAUAUUAUAAAUAAAUUAUUACUUAAUAAACUUAAUUUUGUAGAAUAAUCAAUUGGCUAACGACUCGACUUCAACAAAGUUACUUAUCGUAUCUACGAGUUUUUGUUUUAAAAUUUUAAUACGUUUUAUUUGUUGACUAAACCAAUUAUUAACGACUAAUUGUUACUAAGUAAAUUCCUCCGAAUUAACUUUACUUGAUUCUUGAUAUUCGAACUUCUUUUGUACUUCAAUUAAGUGACAAGUAAUUUAGUACCGAAACGAACUACUCAACAAAAAUUUGGUUAUCCAAAUGAUAACACUAAAUUACUUACCACCUUACUAAUACUUUAGACUGUCUUGGUAAAUUAUUUAGUUACAAGAUUAAAUUAUAAUAAAUUAGUCGUGUAUUAAUGUUGUUGUGUUAUUUUUAAUAUUAAUAUUUCAAAUAUUAAUUGAGUAUAUAACAAUAUUUACUAAUUUUAUUUAAUUGUGAUUUCACAAGUCGCCUAAAAUAUAGUAGAUUGUAUAUAACAUUUUAAAAUUAGGUUUGUCAAUUGUAUAUUUAUGUGUAAAUUUAACACCAGUGUAUUAUGUUACAUUAAAAGGUAACAACUGUCAUUGUGAGUACCUGCCUUAAGCUAAUAACUGCCCAAUAUUUUUUUCAAUGUUGAAUUCAUCAUUAUUGAGGAAAGUAAAAAAAAAAAAUACAUAAAAAGUAUACCAAGUGAGUACAAUAAUAAUAAAUGUAAAUAAAAUGUGAAAUAUAAUGAGUCAUAAGUGAUGUAUCUAUAAGUAAUGUAGUUAAUUAUCUGUCAUAUAAAUUUAUUAGUCCAGUUAAUUCGUCGUUACGGUCUCGGGCCUACUGGACCCUCAAAAUCUUUCUCCUUAAUAUGUGCCCAUUUUCACGUCGCAAAUAAUUUGAUAAGCUUAUUGACCCCAUUAUCAAAAUUUGCUCAGAAUAUACAUUUACUUCUGAAAUUAAUAAAAUAUUAAACAUUUUUGUGUUACUUAAAUAAUUACUAUAGUGGUUUUAUGCCUCUUUAUUACACAGUGAACAUCGGGAUAAUAUUAAAUAAUACGUUACCAUUUGAACCAUUUCCAAUGGGGGCGAGUAGGCAUCUCAAUUUUUUGCGGGUGUAACGGAAACACGGGGCAAGAUUAAAGCUAUAUUCACACUAUAAUUCCGGUCACAGUUCAAUCACAGUCCAAUUUUGGUUUUGUAAAAAAUUAUUACGUAAGAAACAAUGCAUGCAUUCAUACUAUCUAUACAGUUCAGUUCUGUUUCAGUCAUGAUCAAACUCAAAGUGUUUCGAGUUACCAGACUGAAAACGGUCUAAGAUCGAACCUUAACCUGUAUUAUAGUGAGAGAUUAGACUAAGGGGUUCAAUGGGCUUGAGAUUAUCGUUACACUCACCGUGUUAUUAAGAAAAUAUACUAGUAGCUAUUUACAAAAGUAACUUUGAAUAUGAAUUUUAUGUCAAAAUACAAAAAAAAAAAAACUAGUUGCACUUUUCAUUAUGACCUCAUUUUCUGUGCAAGAAGUGUCGUUUAACAUUUAUAUUCAUAUUUUUAGAUUACCUUGUAUAAGUUAAAAAUUUUAUGCUGUGAGUUGAUAGUAUAAAUAAAUUCAUUUAAUUCAAAAAUUUUAGAAUAUUAUUAUAACAAAAUUUUUCAUGAUAAUAUAAAAAAAGAAAAUGUUCAUUCAAUAUCACUUAAUUUCAGACACUAAAGUAUUUUAAAAUUCCAAAUAUUUUAUUGAUUAAAUAAGUAGGCAUUGAAUUUGUUGAAAAAACUAUAAUUCGAAUUAUUAUUUUAUGAUAUUUUUAAUUUAUUUCUUAAAAGCUUGAAGAUGUGACGUUAUUAGAUAUAUUCGAUUGGAGCUUAAAGCUUUUGAGAAAAUAUUGUAAAUUGUUCAUUCUUCUAUAUAGUAAAUAUCGAGCUUCUCAGAUUUAUUGAACUUUGAAGAACAGUUAAUUACUUCUUACUUUUCUAUUUAAUACCUGACUUACGCAUUAAAUAAUUCAUUUUUAAUUUUUUUUAUUAUUUUAUUUAAAUCAUUAAUAUAAUAUAAAAAAUACGUAAAAUCAUUUUACUUAAUGCUUGUCAUUUUAUUAAAAAAAAUAUAAGAAGUGAGGUGUCAGGACAGUGUCUAAUUUAUACAUAAAGGAAGCAUCCUUAUAUCAACACUUGCUGUAAUACACGGAAUUUCAAUUUAAAACUAUUUUUAUGUUUGUAUUUAGAGGGGUGAGAGUAGUGGAGUGGACCGAUCCCAACCUAGAAUCGUCUAGUGCUCAACUUAGGAUGCGAACAAAGCUUCACAUAGAUCUGUCUGCGAAAACUUAUGUUCCUUUUUAAGGGGUCAGUCCGCCCCUUACCGGGAAAAUAAUCUUAAAUACGCCAUGACUAUUUUAUAUUUUGUUUUUUAUUAAUUAGUACUACUACAAAUACAUUUGAAGAAGUCAGGCUAAUACUUUCAAAAUAUCGUUUUUUUCUUAAGUUUUUUUUUUCGCAUUUAUAGUUGUCCCAUCGUCACGCUAAGGAAUGGAUUGUCCCCACAUUGUCCUGUUGUCUCACUCACUACUCUUUCUAGAAAAAUCACUGUAAAUCAAUGAAUCAUCUAAAUUACAGAAGAAUUUAUAAUAUAAAUUAUAAACUGUUAAUGUGCUGAAACAUUUAAUAUUGUUAUUUAAAAUCUAUUUUUGGUUUCUCGACGUGUUUUCUGGACUAUUAUGAAUAAAUAACAAUUUUGAAUUGAACGUGCCAAGUUCGUUUUUUAUUUAGAUACCCUUAAAAUAUUCUAAUACCAAGACAUCCUUUUACCGAGGACAAUGGGAUCGUCUUUGAAGUACCACUCUCUAAACUUAUCGUUAUUAAAAUUUUCAAGUGAUCUUUCAACGAGUCUUAUAUUACGGAUCGUCAAGAACUAAAUUUAAUAUA